UAUUGAAUUACUAAUUGCUAGUAUAUUACAACUUCUGCUUAUAUUAUCUCAAACACGUUUCUACGUUUUCUCUCUCUAACUGUAUCUCAAACUGUGCCCUCCUAUUGCUUACGAAUUAGGUCUGAAAUUACUACUAUUCACUGGUUUAGUGCUGGAUUGAACAUGUCUCAGACCAACUGGGAAGCUGAUAAAAUGCUGGAUGUGUAUAUCCAUGAUUAUUUAGUAAAGAGGGAUUUAAAGGCUUCUGCUCAGGCCUUUCAAGCUGAAGGAAAAGUAUCAACUGACCCUGUUGCCAUCGAUGCUCCUGGUGGGUUUCUCUUUGAAUGGUGGUCAGUUUUUUGGGAUAUAUUCAUUGCUAGGACUAAUGAGAAGCACUCUGAUAUUGCUGCAUCUUACAUUGAGACUCAAUUAAAUAAAGCAAGGGAACAGCAGCAGCAACAACAACAGCAGCAACAACCGCAACACCCACAACAUCAGCAGCAGCAACAGCAGCAGCAGCAGCAACAACAACUGCAGAUACAACAACUCUUAUUGCAGAGGCAUGCUCAACAGGUGCAGCAGCAACAGCAGCAGCAGCAGCAGCAGCAGCAUCAGCAGCAUCAACAACAACAACAACAACAGGCACAGCAGCAGCGAAGGGAUGGAGCCCAUCUGCUGAAUGGCGCGGCUAAUGGGCUCGUUGGAAAUGACCCUCUUUUAAGGCAGAACCCGGGAACUGCUAAUGCCUUGGCUACGAAGAUGUAUGAGGAAAGAUUAAAACUGCCACUUCAGAGGGAUUCGUUAGAUGAUGCAGUGAUGAAACAGAGAUUUGGGGAGAAUGUUGGCCAGCUUAUGGAUCCAAAUAAUGCAUCAAUAUUGAAGUCAGCUGCAUCAACUGCCCAGCCCUCAGGGCAAGUGCUGCAUGGUACAACUGGCAGUAUGUCCCCGCAAGUUCAAACUCGGAAUCAGCAACUUCCAGGAUCUACAACAGACAUAAAGACUGAAAUGAAUCCAGUACUAAACCCCAGAGCUGCAGGUCCCGAAGGAUCACCAAUUGGAAUACCAGGAUCAAAUCAAGGUGGUAAUAAUUUGACACUGAAAGGAUGGCCUCUUACGGGACUCGAUCAGCUUCGCUCUGGGCUUCUUCAGCAGCAAAAAUCAUUUUUGCAAGGUCCGCAGCCUUUUCAUCAACUUCAGGUGAUGUCACCACAGCACCAGCAACAGCUUAUGCUUGCACAACAGAAUAUGUCAUCCCCAUCUACCAGUGAUUUGGAAAGCAGAAGGCUAAGAGCCCUUCUGAAUAAUCGAAACAUGAAUCUUGGAAAGGACGGCCUUUCAAAUUCUGUUGGCGAUGUAAUUCCAAAUGUUGGAUCAGCACUGCAAGCCGGUGGUCCUGUUUUGCCUCGUGUAGAUCCAGAUAUGUUACUUAAGUUGAAAAUGGCGCAGCAGCACCACCAACAACAAAACAGUAAUCAACAACAGCAGCAGCUUCAGCAGCAUGCUCAUUCUGGUCAGCAACCUCAGAGUUCAAAUCAUAAUCUUCAUCAACAAGAUAAAAUUGUGGGGGCUGGCAGCCUCACUGCAGAUGGUAGCAUGUCAAACUCCUUUCGUGGAAAUGAUCAGGCUUCAAAAAACCAGACUGGGAGAAAGAGAAAGCAGCCAGUGUCAUCUUCAGGUCCUGCCAACAGCUCAGGAACUGCAAACACAGCAGGACCCUCCCCGAGUUCAGCGCCCUCAACACCUUCAACUCAAACACCCGGAGAUGUGAUCUCGAUGCCUGCUUUACCUAAUACUGGUAGUUCUUCUAAGCCUUUGAUGAUGUUCGGCACCGAUGGUGCUGGCACCCUUACUUCAUCAUCAAAUCAAUUGUGGGAUGAUAAAGAUCUUGUGCAGGCUGACAUGGAUCGUUUUGUGGAGGAUGGAUCUCUUGAGGAUAAUGUUGAGUCCUUUUUAUCUCAUGAUGAUACAGAUCCUCGAGAUCCAGUUGGUCGUUGUACGGAUAUUAGCAAAGGGUUCACAUUUACGGAAGUCAAUUCUGUUCGAGCUAGCACAGGCAAAGUUAAAUGUUGCCACUUUUCAUCAGACGGUAAACUGCUUGCUAGUGGUGGUCACGAUAAAAGGGCUGUAUUGUGGUAUGCGGAUACUUUAAAGCAAAAAACAACGCUUGAAGAACAUUCAUUAUUAAUCACUGAUGUCCGUUUCAGUCCCAGCAUGCCACGUCUUGCAACUUCUUCUUUUGACAAAACUGUCAGGGUUUGGGAUGCUGACAAUCCUGGCUAUUCACUUCGUACUUUUACUGGACAUUCUGCCACUGUUAUGUCUCUAGACUUCCAUCCUAAUAAAGAUGAUCUCAUCUGCUCUUGUGAUGGGGACGGUGAGAUAAGAUACUGGAGUAUAAAUAAUGGUAGUUCUGCAGGAGUGUUUAAGGGCGGCACAACACAGUUGAGAUUUCAACCUCGUCUUGGAAGAUAUCUUGCUGCAGCUGCAGAAAAUGUUGUAUCUAUAUUUGAUGUUGAGACUCAAGCUCGUCGGCAUUCAUUACCGGGACAUUCAAAAUCAAUUCUUUCUGUUUGUUGGGAUCCUUCUGGCGAGUUCCUGGCAUCUGUCAGUGAGGACUCUGUUAGAGUAUGGACACUCAGAUCAGGAAGAGAAGGGGAGUGUGUCCAUGAGUUAAGUAGUAAUGGCAACAAAUUCCACUCGUGUGUUUUUCAUCCUACAUAUUCUUCACUUCUGCUCCUUGGCUGUUACCAGUACCUGGAGCUCUGGAACAUGACCGAGAACAAGACAAUGAGCCUUGCAGCGCACGAGGGACUGAUAUCUGGUUUGGCUGCAUCAACUGUGACAGGUUUGGUUGCCUCUGCCAGCCAUGACAAGAUUGUUAAGCUCUGGAAGUGAGAAUUUUCAUGUCCUGUCAGAGUAAUCCUUUUUGUAUUCCUUGUACCUUUUCACUGCGCCUUCUCCAUGUAACCACAGAUCUAAGAAACUAACCUGUAUUAUCACAGUCACUGCUACUACUGUUUAUCUGUUAACAUGAAAGUUCUGAUUAUAUCUUCAAGGACUGUCCGUGAUACUACUCAAUACAACAGGCAUUUUUCAGUUA